CCGUUUCUCCCUCUCUCGAAAAAAGUCUUAUAAGACGUUGAACCGAGAGAUCCGAUAUCGCCUUCAUCUGGGGAGGUUUGAGCCCGCGGAGACAGAGAGGCCUUCUAUACCACAGAGGAAAAAGAGCCUUGUGCAGCUCCCUCUUCCUCCCCAGCUGCGACUAUGUACUCCGCAGGUUUGGAGAUCCUCGGGAUGAUCCUGGCCGUGGCGGGCUGGCUGGGGGUGAUGGUGGCCUGCGGCCUGCCCAUGUGGCGCGUGGCCGCCUACAUCGGUCAGAACAUCGUCAUCUCCCAGGUGAUCUGGGAAGGCUUGUGGAUGAACUGCUCGGUGCAGAGCACGGGUCAGAUGCACUGCAGGGUGCACGACUCCAUGCUGGGGCUGCCGGUGGACUUGCAAGCGGCCCGGGCCCUGGUCAUCGUCUCCAUGGUGCUGUGCGUCGUGGGCAUCGGGCUGUCGGUUGCCGGGGCCAAGUGCACCAACUGCAGCCGUGACGUGAGCAGUAAGCCGCGGCUGGUGGUGACCGCCGGAGUGACCUUUGUGGUGGCUGGACUGCUGCUGAUGGUGGCCGUGUCCUGGACGGCGCACGCCAUCGUCCUGGGCUUCUACGACCCGCUGCUGCAGGAGACGGGGAAGAGGGAGUUUGGGAACGCGCUGUACUUUGGCUGGGCUUCCUCCUGCCUGCUCUUAGUUGGGGGAGCCCUGCUCUGCUGCUCGUGCCCACCCAGAGCGGCUGCAGCACCGAGCGGUAGCGGCUCGGCGGCCCCCCGGGUGGACUACUCGGCUGUCAAGAUGCUGUCGGUGAACGGAUACCCCAGAAGAGACUACGUAUGAACAUGCGAGCUGACAGUGCGGGUAAAGACGCGAUGACCGCCGUCAACAAAUGUUUGCAGAAGCGGUGGAUGUUAAUGCAGCAUCGAGGGCUUGGACAUUAAGUAUGACGGAUGUUUCAUGGUGUGUUUAAGUAGUGGUGGGUAUCUCAUACUGCUUUUAAUACAUUAUUUCAUGUGCAGGUUUUUUACUUUUUCCAAUAAACAUUGAGGUUGUGUCUGAUCUGAAAUAAAUACAAUGUCUAUUCUAUGUCUGUUUAUGUCUACAGAUUAAAGAAAGUUGUAUUCAAGAUUUUAA